CGCUGCGCACGCUGAACCUUCUCUCCGCUGUUUGCCUCUAGGAGCAACUCUUUGUUUGUCAUCUCCUAAAAUACUAAAUCUGUUGAUGCAUUUUAGAGAUCGCCUUAAGUUGAAGUGACUGCGGCAAGUUAAUUUAAAUCCAAGCUUUGUUUAGCUCUGGGAUAAUCGUGCAGGAUCUGCGGGGGAUACGCCUGUGGACAGAGCAGCUUAAACAAUCUGUGUGGAUGGUUUUAAAUGUUGGUCAGCCAUAGCGCAGUAUUCCCUGGCCGCAACUAGAAGCUCCUGGAUUCCAAUUUUCCUCUGUUAAUAAACGGAGGGACAAUGUUGUGGGACAAACUUUCCUGGCUGCUGGCCCUGCUGGCCUUAUCAUAUGGGGGGCUGCCCUCGUCCAACGAUCCCCUGUCUGCUCCCAGAAUCUUCCUGUCCUUCAAAGAGUUAAAGUUGACUGGCACUGCUCACCACUUCUCUUUUCUGCUCAACUCAACUGACUACCGGAUCCUUCGCAUGGAUGAGGAUCAUGACCGCAUGUAUGUGGGCAGCAAAGAUUAUAUCCUCUCCCUGGAUCUGCACGACAUCAACAAGGAGCCGCUCAUAAUCCACUGGCCUGUUGCAUCCCAGAGGAAGACUGAAUGUGUCUUGUCAGGGAAAGAUAUAAAUGGGGAAUGUGGAAACUUCAUCCGUCUGAUUGAACCGUGGAACCGGACCCACCUGUAUGUGUGUGGAACAGGCGCAUACAACCCUAUCUGCACAUAUGUGGAUCGAGGACGCAGGUCACAGGGCUUCCACUACCUACAGGCACCUCUGUCAGGAGGAAGAACAAGUCGAGCAGCAGACUACAACACUACAUCAGAGUCUUUGAUGGCACAGGAAUAUAUUUUCCGUCUUGAACCUGGUAAAGUGGAUUCUGGAAAAGGAAAAUGUCCCUAUGACCCUAAACUGAACAGUGUCUCUGCUUUGAUCAAUGGAGAGCUUUAUGCAGGAGUCUAUAUUGAUUUCAUGGGAACAGACUCUGCUAUCUUCCGUACUCUGGGGAAGCAGACAGCCAUGAGGACCGAUCAGUACAACUCCAGAUGGUUAAAGGAUCCCACUUUUGUUCAUGCACAUCUCAUCCCAGACAGCAAUGAGAAAAAUGAUGACAAGCUCUACUUCUUCUUCCGCGAGAAAGCCUCUGAGAUGGGCCAGAGUCCCAUGACCCAGUCCAGGAUAGGGCGGAUCUGCCUGAAUGACGAUGGUGGACACUGCUGUCUGGUUAACAAGUGGAGCACAUUUCUGAAAGCUCGCCUCAUCUGCUCGGUGCCUGGAGCUGAUGGAAUCGAGACACACUUCGAUGAACUAAGAGAUGUAUACAUUCAGCCAACUCAGGACACCAAGAAUCCAGUCAUCUAUGGAGUCUUCUCAGUUUCGGGAUCUGUGUUUAAAGGCUCUGCAGUGUGCGUCUACUCCAUGGCAGACAUCCGUAUGGUCUUCAAUGGACCGUUUGCCCACAAGGAAGGGCCCAACUACCAAUGGGUGGCAUACACUGGAAAGAUCCCUUAUCCUCGACCUGGCACGUGUCCUGGAGGCACUUUCACCCCAAACAUGAAAUCUACAAAAGACUAUCCAGAUGAGGUUAUCAACUUCAUGAGAAACCACCCCACCAUGUUCAAUGCUGUAUACCCAGUGCACAAGCGCCCCCUGGUGGUCAGAACCAAUGUGGACUAUGAGUUCACCACAAUUGCUGUUGACCAAGUGAGAGCUGCUGAUGGGAGCUAUGAAGUACUCUUCCUGGGUACAGAUCGAGGAACAGUUCAAAAAGUUAUUGUACUGCCAAGAGAUGACUUGCAGACAGAGGAGCUGGUAUUAGAGGAGGUGGAGGUAUUCAAGGUUCCCACUCCAAUUACCACCAUGAAGAUUUCAUCAAAACGGCAACAACUGUAUGUUGGAUCAGUGUUGGGUGUGACCCACCUGGCUCUCCACCGGUGUGAUGUGUAUGGGGAGGCCUGCGCUGACUGCUGUCUGGCCCGGGACCCAUACUGCGCCUGGGAUGGCAAAUCCUGCUCCAGAUAUUCUGCCUCACCAAAGAGACGAAGCCGUCGACAGGAUGUAAAAUAUGGAAACCCAAUCCGCCAGUGCCGAGGUUUUAACUCUAACAGCAAUAAGAAUACUCUGGAGACUGUUCAGUACGGAGUGGAGGGAAGUACUACAUUCUUGGAGUGCCAGGCUCGAUCUCCUCAUGUGUCUCUCAAGUGGCAUCUCCAAAAGGAAAACAGUGACAGGAGGAAGGAGAUUCGCUCAGAGGGCCGCAUCCUGAAAACAGAUCAAGGCCUUCUGAUACGCUCACUGCAGUCUUCAGACAACGGCAUCUACCAGUGCACCUCCACAGAGAAGAACUUCAAGCACACUCUAGUGAAACUGCAGCUUGUGGUCCUCUCCAGUCGUACAGUCAACAACGUGUUGGUGGAGACAGGCAGCCCGGCCCUCCCUCCACUUCAGUCCAGUGUCUUGACUCCGAGUGCCGGUCAGUAUAAGGACCUGCUAACCAUCCUCAGCCAGCCAGAGAUGGGGCUGAUCAACCAGUACUGCCAGGAUUACUGGCAGCAUGGAGAUGGCAGCUUCGGGGACAGCAAAGCCAAAAGCAUGAAGGAGCUUAAAGAACAGAAGAAGCCUCGAAACCGCCGGCAUCAUGAUGAGAAGGCAACUCCAGCUGAGACAUGAGGAGUUCAGUGUACAACCUGUCAUAUUCAGACACCACCCUUGUCUACCUUUUCACACAACCUUCCAAAUACUACUACCCUCCAUUUAGGAGAAUGACUCCAGUAAAAUGAUAGAUUAUCAUAAAGGACGAGACAGACACUUAAACAGAAAGCAUCAGUUUCUAUGUAACUGUUGGAAAAAAAAAUACACAAUAUUUAUUGUAGGUUGUAAAAAGUAAUUCUUUGUACCUAUCUAGAAAACAUGUUUUUGUGAAUAGAUACAUCUGUGCAAAUAUUGUUAUAAUAUUAUUGUUAGUGUUAUUGUUUAUUACAGUGUGUUAUUAUGUUGAGAAGAUCUUUAUGUUUGGUGUUUUUUAAACAGCAACAGUAUCCCAGGACUUUGAGAGCAUCCACGCAUUGACAAGGACCCAUUAACAUAACUGUCAAUGGCAACCAUGUUGGAUCAUCUGACUGCUGGCAGUAUUCAGUAUCUAAGCUCAAAGUCAAGUCUGGAAGUUUUCAUCUUUAUCGAACUUCAGUAAAUGUCCUCACCAGAACUAUUCACUAUAUACAACCCCCCACCCUUUUUUUUUUUUUUUUUUUUUUUUUGCAAAAUAUAAGCAGAAAGAUAUUUAAAAAAAGAGGACAUAAAGAAAGCUGGUAUGCCCACAGACUGCAGCUGUGACUACAUGUUGCAGAUAUACAGGCACAUGUGAUUGAAAGGCCCUCUGUUGGAGGGCCUCUGUCCAUGAUGUGGUCCAGUCGGGCUGAAGUGAAGACGCUGCAUCGCUCGUUCAUAUUCUUCCAUAAUCAGUUGCUGCCAAGUGUUUGUUUUGUUGAUACUGUAUGUGAAUAUCACAUCUCAAUGUUGUGUUCUUAACCACGUGAUCUUUGUGAUAAACUGUUAUUUGAGGGGGGAAAAAACGUUCUUUUAAUGACACAAAAGCUAAAAACAUAACAUUGCCUUCUUUUUUUCUCUCUGUGGAGAUAAGAUAUUCCAGCAGGCAGCUAUAUGUGAGUCUGUGACAGUUUGUGAUUAAAAAAAAUAUAUAUAUUAGACAAAGCACCUUCUGUUGCCAAAUUGGUGAUUUUAAUAAAUCUUAUAUUAAAUCUUUGUCAUGUAUCUGUGGCAUAUUACAUAUGUCCAUAAAAGACAGUUUGUUUUAUUCUUUUUUUUUUUUUUUUUUUUUUUUUUUUUGCAUUCCUACCAUUUUCAUGUAAAUAUUGAUGAAAACAAAUCAUGUAAUCUAGCUACAAAAAUGUGCAGAUUUACACUGCUUGGAAAUGAUGAAUGGUGCUGUUCUUACUGUGUCAUCUAAUAACAACAGAACUGUUAUUGGUGCCACAAACUUCAUGCAAAACUGUAAAACUGAGGAACUUCUGCACAGUAAAACGCCACAGGUUUGACCACUAACAAGCUGAUCGCCACCAAACUUGAAGAGAAACGUAAGAUACAAUCUUCAGAAGGUGGAUUUUCAAUGUGCAUGGCAUGUACAGUGUAUGUAUGUGGUACUUGUCUAAAAUACAAUGUUGCUGUGGAUGUCACUGAAUGUCUUUCUUCUUGUGGGAAUAUGGAUCCUUUUUAUGAUGGGAAACGCUGAAAGAUUGUGAUUUAAUUUUUGCUCUCGUUAUGAAAAAUAGAAAUUUGAAAACCAGAUGGCAUAUAUUUCAAACAUGUUCAUCAGUUUUCUCCAUUUGGCAGGUUAAGGCGAUGUAUGAUAUGCACAGUUGGUGUUAAUGUAAUGACUUGUAUAAAUGACUAUCUUUUCUUCCUCAUCAAUGUUGCUAACUAAUAAAUUAAAGCUCUAUAUUUUA